CCAAGUCGAUUUGACUUUGUACGAAAUUUUGUUUGAUUACUUGUGAGAGUUAUAGUUAACAAACAGCGUUGUAGGUUAUUAUCGCAAGGCAGAAAAGUUAAAACGUUGUUUUAAAACAACUAUGUUCAUAAAGCACUUAUAAAAAUGUCUAUAAACGUAAAUAGUGAAACAUGGAAAACUUGGGAGAGAUCUGGUAAAACAGAAUUUUUAAAACAAUGUAAAGCUACAAUUAAAGACAAUGCUAGGACACCAUUAUUAUCAAAAUCUGGCAAACUAACUGGCUUGGGCCGAGCUAUAUAUGAGUUAUUUUCAAACGGCAUCAAAGGCACCAUAAGGAGAGAUGCAGUUAGUUCUGCAGUUGGUGAAUUAUGCCAUUUGCACAAUGAUUUACCAUCAAUUAUUUUGGAUGUUUUAAAUAUAUUAGAUGCAGAAACAGCAUUAAGUGAUCCAGAGGAAAGGCAGAUUUUCUGUCAAAUUACUAAAGAUACUGAAAAGUUUCUCUCUGACAAACUCUUGAAAGAACGUCUAGAGAUUGAUACAUUAAAUGAAGCUGGGAUUUUGAGCACAUCUAGAACGUUCUAUACAAAAUUUAUAAAAAUAAAAACUAAAUUAUAUUACAAACAAAGAAAAUUCAAUUUAUAUCGUGAAGAAAGUGAAGGUUAUGCUAAACUGAUAGUAGAAUUGAAUCAAGAAAUUAAUGAUACAAUAACCCCAAAGAAUAUUUUGGAAGUUAUUAAGUCACUGAUUGGUUGUUUUAAUUUAGAUCCAAAUAGAGUAUUAGAUGUUAUAUUGGAGUCAUUUGAAUGCAGGCCGGAUCAAGGAAAUUUUUUUAUACCUUUGAUAAGAUCGUACAUGCCAGAUAAGAAAAUUAUCUGUGAGGUACUAGGUUUCAAAUUCAAUAUAGAUCCUUAUAACACUCCGAAGUCGUUGUAUAAAGUUACAGCUUUGAUGCUACAGCAUUCUGUAAUAAAUUUGGAUGAUAUUUAUUAUUGGUUGUCACCUGAUGAUAAAAUAUUAUGUAGACAAUUUGAAAGAGAAAUGUCUGAUGCCAAAGAGUAUGUUAGAAGAUUAAACAUAAUAUCUAUCAAUAAAGAUAAAGAUAAAGAAACUGACUCGAAUGAACAAGAUAAAGAUAAUAUCAAUGAUCGUUAUGAAUGCAAUCAGAAAUUUAAUCUCUGCCAGGCUUUAAUAGAAAUUGGUGAUUGGAAUAAUGCACAUCAACUUUGCUUGAAACUGCCAGAAAAUUAUGUUAUUGAUCAACAACCUAUAGCAGUAGCUCUGUGUAAAUUGAUUCAUUAUCUAAUUGACCAGGUCUAUCGUAGUAAAUGUAGAAUUGCCAAGAAAAUCAAUUUAAAGCCAGUGCAACAUACAAUGACUAAUCUUGGUCCAAAACAAGCACAAACAUUUCUAGAGCUCAAAACUGAUGCCAUACCAAUGAUUGUAUUUUUGGGUCCUUCUUUACAUUAUGAUCCAGUUUUAGCAAGUAAAAUUCUACGUAUUUGUGAAUCAGCUCUAGCUGAAAUGGAUGUUAAUUCCUUGAAACUUCCUAAAGACAAUAAUAACUUGUACUAUGAGAUAUUUUCAAUAUUGGACUCGGCUAUACUGCCAGCUUUAUCAUUUAUGGAUUGUAAUUGUUGUAUCGCAGAGGAGAUUUGGAAUAUUAUUAAAUUAUAUCCUUAUCAAUACCGGUAUAGUUUAUAUGGUAGAUGGAAAAAUGACACAUUCCAACAAUAUGCAAAACUUCUACGAAGGAAGGGAGAAACACAAAAGGAAAUUAAACACUUAGUAAAAAGAAUAAGUAAAGAAAAUAUUAAGCCCAUUGGAAGAUCAAUUGGCAAGUUGACACAUUGCAGUCCUGGAUUUUUCUUUGAUUAUGUACUUCUACAAAUCCAGAUAUAUGACAAUCUCAUUAUUCCUAUAGUUGAUUCACUCAAGUACCUCACAUCAUUAUCUUAUGAUAUAUUAGGUUAUUGCCUCAUAGAAGCCCUUAGUUCUCCAGAUAAACAAAGGAUGAAACACGAUGGCACAUCAAUUUCACUCUGGUUGAAGAGUUUAGCUUCAUUUUGUGGGGCUGUCUUUAAAAAAUAUAAUAUUGAAUUGUGUGGAUUAUUGCAAUAUGUUGCAAAUCAAUUGAAAGCACAAAAAAGUACUGAUUUGCUGAUCUUGAAAGAAGUUGUCUUAAAAAUGGCCUGUAUUGAUGCCGCAGAAGAAUUGACUGAAGAACAAUUAGAAGCACUUGCUGGAGGUGAAUUACUCAAAGGAGAGGCUGCAUCUUUCAGUCAAGUACGAAACACCAAAAAAUCAUCAUUGCGCUUGAAAGAGGCAUUGAAUGAACAUGAUUUAUCUGUGGCAUUGUGUUUACUAAUUGCACAGCAGAAAUAUUGUGUUAUAUAUAGAGAAACAGAGUAUACACAUUUGAAACUUGUUAGCAAGCUCUAUGAUCAAUGUCAGGAUACGUUAGUGCAAUUUGGAAGUUUUCUUGGUUCCACAUAUUCAGUUGAUGAAUAUGUAACUCGACUACCUUCAAUACAAAUGAUGUUGCAAGAAUAUCACAUACACACUGAUGUAGCUUUCUUUUUAGCACGGCCUAUGUUUACUCAUGCCAUUAGUCAAAAAUAUGAUCAAUUGCGUAAAACUGAUCCAAAUCCACGCAAAUUAACAGCGGCUUUGAAACAAGCAAAAUAUGCAGAAGCAUGUGAACAUGUUAUGUCACCGGUAGUUGCAUCCGUUCGGACAUUGCAUCCAGCAAGAGUUUGGGAAGAUAUGUCACCUCAAUUUCUCGUUACAUUUUGGUCUUUAAGUAUGGCAGAUUUACAUGUGCCUGUGGAGAGCUAUAAUAGAGAAAUUAAUAGAUUGAAGCAGUUGUCACUUGAAUUGUUGGAUCAACAAGAUAGUGCUAAUAAAAAUAAAAAGGAACAAGAACGCCAUAUGGCUCUUAUUGAAAAAUUGCAAGACGAGCGCAAGAAGCAGCAAGAACAUGUUGAUAAAGUUAUGUAUCGACUGAAGCAAGAAAAAGAUACAUGGUUUGUUUCAAGAUCUAGUAAAUCGGCGAAAAAUGAAACAAUUACUCAAUUUUUGCAGUUGUGCUUGUUUCCGAGAUGUAUUUUCACUGCAAUUGAUGCUGUCUUUUGUGCAAAGUUUGUUCAUAUCAUCCACAGCUUGAAAACAGUGAACUUUUCAACAUUAUUAUGUUACGAUAGAAUUUUCUGUGAUAUUACUUAUUCUGUAACCCUGUGUACUGAAAAUGAAGCGCACAGGUACGGUCGUUUCUUAGCUGCCAUGUUAGCCACUGUUACCAGAUGGCAUUCAGACCGAUCAAAUUUUGAGAAGGAAUGCGCUGAUUAUCCAGGUUUCAUGACAAAGUUCCGUGUCAGCAACCAGUUCAGUGAAGCUAAUGAUCAUGUUGGAUACGAAAACUAUCGACAUGUAUGUCAUAAAUGGCAUUAUAAACUAACUAAGAGUAUGGUUAUGUGUUUGGAUAGUAAGGAUUAUGUACAAAUUCGGAAUGCAUUGAUAAUAUUAGUUAAAAUUUUGCCAUAUUAUCCAAUUUUGUCAAAACUCGCACAAAUAGUUGAACGAAAGAUAGAAAAAGUGAAAGAAGAUGAGAAGGAUAAACGUCAAGAUUUAUAUGCGAUGGCUUUGAGUUAUGGAGGACAACUAAAAGCUAGAUCAUCUCAGAUGAUUAGAGAAAGUGAAUUCCAUCAAGUGUCCAAAAGUAAUGAUGCAUCUUCAAUCAACUCAGGAGAAUCAAAACAUAAUGGUGAUAUAAGUAAAAACGAUAAAGAAAAAUCAAAAGAUCCUGGUAGAGAUCGUGAAAGAAAAAAUAGAAGUGGACAAACUGAUUCUAAUAAGAAUAGUGAUAGAGAUAAAAGAGAUAAUUUAAAAGAGAAUACACCUGCAGAAAAAGAAAAAUCACAAAAAGGAGAAGGACGAUUCUCGAACAACAAAGGUGAUAAUGAAAAUCGGGAUAGAGAUCGUAGUGAAAGGGAUAAGCGUAAAGAGCGAAAGGAGGAAAAAAUGAAAGAAGAGCAAAGGCAAUACAAGGAAGAUCGCUACAAUGAUCCACUCUCACCUUCUUAUGCUCCACUCUCACCUUCUUAUGCUCCACUCUCACCUUCUAAUGCUCAUCGGUAUGGUUCUGCAGGAAGCAUUGGUGUUUCAUCAUGGUCAACAGGAAGUCAAGAAGCUGGUAUUACAUCUGCAGCCAGAGAUGACCGGGAAUUAUCUUCAGUAUCAUCGAAUGGUUCUAAUUUGCAUAGGCGAAGUCAGGAGCCACCAGAACCUGAUAGAGAUGUGAAACGACGUAAACUGGACGCUUCAUCGAAGAAUCACAGCGGCGGAGCGGGCAAACAAAGUGCGGGCGCCAAUUUGGACGCGGACAUCAAGUCGACGACCGAGAGCAGGAAGGAGCACAGGGCCAAAAAUAAAGAUAAGGACAAAUUUAAUAUGGCGGUCAUUGGAGACGAUGAUCUCAAGCUGAGGAAGGAGAGAAAACUUGGCAGGAAGAGGGACCGAUUAGAAGAAGCAAUAUUACUCACAGAAAAAAGAAGAAAGGAUGAAGAAAAAGGUAAAUUACAUCAAAACGGAGACCCUGACGAAAUUCAUCAUCGGGAUAAGCACCAUCAUUCACGCGAAAAGUCACCUUAUCUCCAAAAAAGAGAUCGAGGGCAUGAUAAACCAUACUCAUCAAAAAAACAAUAUUAUGAUUACAAUGAAAGGUAUUAUGACUAAGAUUUAUUAUUCUUGAAUAUAUUCUGUCUGAAGUAAACAGAAACAAUGAGAUGAAGAGAUGAAGAGAUGACGACAAUUAAAUUUUAGCUGAUAAUUUACCAGAAAAUUACUUUUAAAUUGUGUAUAGAUCAAGAUAUGAGGUAGAAUAUAAGAUGCAUAUUUUUUUAAUUUUAAUGAAACUCUAAUUGUAAGUACAA